AUGACAUUUUCCCUUCCUUUAAUAUCACAUACAUCAGUCAUCGCUACAGCACUGAUUGUUGUCGCUCUUGACUGUUUCAUCUCACGUGAAUUAUACAACCGUGUGUAUAGCUCAUAUUUUCCUUCGUAUACCAUCGUUAUACCAAACGACACGACCCAUACCAAAAAUACCAAAAAACCAGCUCUCCUUAUUGAUACCAACCCAUUAUUUACGACCAAAGACAGAAACCCUAUCUCGACUGGCAACAGGUCUCAUCAUAUGAUCGUAGCAAGUCCGGAGUCAAUUCAUCCCACAGCUCUUCACAAACCCGUCAAAAAGAGACGUCAUUAUUCGGUAUCUUCACGUUCAGAAAUAGACUUUUCAUACAAGAUGCCCGAAUUAUCUCCUUCCGCAUCCUCCGACUCCUCAUUUGACUCAAAUUGGAGCCAGGGACGUAGACCUUCUCAGGUGGAAGAAAUGAUACACCUGUUUGAAACAGGUGGACAUCAACCCCAUCGUCGCUAUAGUGUAGAUUCUCACAACUAUCAACAAAAGCAAUUAAUUCGGGAAAGAAAGUUCGAAUAUAAGCCUAUUGCUAUUGAAUGGAAAAAACGGGACACAACUCCAAUCCAAUUAACCCCAUCAAAGUCAACGUAA